AUGACCGGCAAAAGUCGCCUAAUUAAAGAAGUAAUUCCAUAUUUUAAACAUUGGAUAUAUUUUUGUUACAGACAACCUGGGUCAAGUGGAUAUCCAAAUUCACGAUUUGCAAGAGCCAUCAAUCAUUUAAUUGAACAAAAACACAAAAUAACACUGAGAGAAUCUUUGAAUAGUUGCUUUGAAUUUACAAUUUUAAUUGCCAUAUUUUGUCAAGUAACCCAACCGGAAACUUUUCAAGAGGUUUGGCUCGACAGCUCUGAAAUUGACGCUGAAAGAUUUGUUCACUAUUGUCUCAUCGUGGCAUUAAAAAAUAAGUUACAAAAAAAGCCAGUAUAUUUUGAAACUAUUAAAAAAGAAUACAAAACUUUGGUCGAUUUUUUAAAUGAUGCUCUUAUAAAUCGGAGCACCAAUAACAACGUUAUUGAAGAAUUGAAUAGACUGUUGUAUGUGAUGAUCAAAGACAAAAUUCAGUCUCAAAAAAAACGGAAGUUGAUUGAAAUUUUAUUUGUAUUUGACGAAUCUGAUAUACUUUUUGAAAACCAAAUUUUUGUUAAAAGUUCUGCUGAAACAGUCAGUUUCUUUAGAGGUUUUCGGUCUGCCCUUCAAAAUAUUGGUAAAAACAUUCGUAUAUUUGGUGUGUUGUUAAGCACAAACAGUAAAAUGAGUGAACUUGCCCCAACACCAGUAAGAGAUGCUUCAUUGCGAAAUUCAAUUAAACGAGUAAUCAAUCCCAUAAUCGAAAUUCCAUAUGCAUUUGACAUUUUCAAGUCAUUAUACAAUCCAACUUUAUCACCAAGUACGUCGUAUAAUUUGAUGUGCUUUGGUCGCCCAAUGUGGUAUCAUUAUCACAAUUCAUCUCUGCUAGAGUUCUCUAGAAUUAUUGAAAUUGCUGUCCAAAAACUAACAAAAGUAGAUGGGGCUAGAGAUCCCAAUUACAGAAGUUUAAGUGGGUUGGAACACUAG